AUCUCUGCAUGCUCCUCAUUAUCAUCCCCUGCUCAUGCUGACCUCAGCUAUCUCCUGAUGCCAGGCAGCACUGCACCCACACACGUGUGCCACCCCUCCCUCGCAUGUCCCCAUGCUGGCAUUACACACUGCCCCGCCACUAGAUUGUAGCGACCUCCUCGGAUGUGCAGUCUCCUGAGACAACUUUCUUCUUCUGCUCCUUGGCCACCUUUGCUGAGAAGAGGCUGAUGCUGUGGGACUUGCUGGACUGAGUGAGGGGAUUACUGGGAGCUCGCCGUGACCUGACUGCCACCAGGACCUGCUGACCCCCAGUCCGGACUGGAAAAUGCACUUGCUGGAAGUAGCACUACUUUUUCUAUACACAGUAUUGAUUCAGGGGGACAUAGCUUAUGAGUCUGGACAAGGGUAUUACGACGACCCGGAAUUUGGUGACCUCAAGGAUCACCCAGGCAAGGAGCUGGAAGAGCAACUACGAGCUGUAUCCAGUGUGGAUGAACUAAUGACAUUGCUCUACCCUGAAUCCUGGAAAAUGUUCAAGUGUCAAUUAAGACAAGGAGGACCGUCCAGCUUUGAUACCAGAAGAGAUGACAGCCUUAAAUUUGCAGCUGCACAUUCCAAUUACAAUGCGGAUAUCUGGAAAAGUAUUGAAACUGAAUGGAGAAAGACUCAGUGCACGCCACGAGAAGUAUGUGUAGAUGUAGGAAAAGAAUUUGGAGCGUCAACAAACACCUUCUUUAAACCUCCCUGUGUAUCCUUAUACCGAUGCGGAGGCUGCUGCAACAGUGAGGGGUUGCAGUGCAUGAACACCAGCUCUACGUUCGUCAGCAAGACACUCUUUGAAAUCACAGUCCCGCUGUCUCAAGGGCCAAUAAAACCAGUAACCAUUAGCUUUGCCAACCAUACAUCCUGUCGGUGCAUGUCGAAAUUGGAUGUUUACAGGCAAGUCCAUUCAAUAAUAAGAAGAUCACUGCCAGCAACUCAAGUGCAAUGUCAAGUGGCAAAUAAGACCUGCCCCAGAAGCCAUAUUUGGAACAACCAUUUGUGCAAAUGUAUACAGCAUCAUGACUUUUCAUCACAUCAUGAAGAAUCAGACUCCUCUGAGGCGUACCAUGACAUUUGUGGGCCAAACAAGGAAUUAGAUGAAGAAACCUGUCAGUGUGUCUGUAAAGGUGGUUUGUUGCCUUCAAGUUGUGGUCCUCAUAAAGAGCUGGAUCGAACUUCUUGUCAAUGUGUCUGCAAACAUAAACUUCUUUCAACUUCCUGUGGAGCCAACAAAGAGUAUGAUGAAGAGAGAUGCCAGUGCGUGUGUAAAAAGACCUGCCCAAAACACCAGCCACUGAAUCCUAUUAAAUGUGCAUGUGAAUGCUUAGAAACCCCAAACAAAUGUUUCCUUAGAGGAAAGAGAUUCAAUCAUCAAACAUGCAGCUGUUAUAGACCCCCUUGUACAACUCGACCGAAACGUUGUGAUCCUGGUUUCUACUAUAGUGAAGAAGUUUGCCGCUGUGUACCUGCAUAUUGGAAAAGACCACACAUGAACUAAUUACCACAGAAAACAUGAUCCAUAUGCCUCUGAAAACAAGGAACACUUAAUUUUAUUUUAACUUUUGGAUCUACUAUUGCAUUGGAAACCACAUGUGGAGUGAGGAAAAAUGCACUGUGCAGUAUGUAAAAUGGGACCCAAGUUUGAAGAUCGACCAAGAGUUUUUUAAGGACUUGAUGGGUCAUGUGCAAUGACAAAGCAAGUCCAUGGUUUUCCUGUGAUUUUUUUUUUUUUUGUAU